GAUACAUUGGACUAUUUGCAGGGCAUGGGAAUCAAGGUCUGUCGGUCUCGUGCGUGCACGCGGCUGGAAUCACUGCUGACGAUGGAUAGGCCCUGUAUCUCGCAGGAACGGUAUUAAUGAACCAGCCGUGGGGUUUCGACGGUUAUUCGGCGCUGGAUACGACCUUGCUGGACCAACACUAUGGUGAUCUGCAAACCUGGCGCGAUGCCAUCACUGAAAUCCACAAGCGCGGCAUGUAUGUCAUUCUCGACAACACCAUCGCAACGAUGGGUGACUUGAUCGGUUUCGAGGGUUAUCUGAACACCACCACCCCGUUUUCGGUCAAGGAACAUAAGGUGGAAUGGAAGACUGACCGCCACUAUGUUGAUUUCGAAAUUGGCAACACGUACAACGACACAUGUGACUAUCCCACCUUCUGGUUUGAAAACGGCUACCCGGUCCAAGCGUCUGUCACCGAGGAACUCGUUGGGUGCUAUGACAGCGACUUCGAUCAAUAUGGUGAUAUCGAGGCCUUCGGUGUGUUCCCGGAUUGGCAACGUCAGUUGGCCAAAUUCGCUUCCGUGCAGGAUCGUCUGCGCGAAUGGAACCCCUCGGUGCGGGAGCGGUUGAUUCGUCACUCUUGUAUCAUCAUCCAGUCGCUCGAUAUUGACGGCUUCCGGUACGAUAAGGCCACCCAGGCGACCGUGGACGCUCUCGGAGACAUGUCCAGCGCAUAUCGCGAGUGUGCCCGGGCCGUGGGAAAAGAGAACUUCUUCAUCGCCGGCGAAAUCACGGGUGGUAACACCUUCGGCUCCAUCUAUCUGGGUCGGGGCCGGCAGCCUAACCAGUAUCCGGACACGGCCGAGGCGGCCAUGAAACUCACCAACACCUCGGAUGCUCAAUAUUUCCUGCGCGAGGCCGGACAUGAGGCAAUUGACGGCGCGGCCUUUCACUACUCCAUCUACCGUGCCCUGACCCGUUUCCUGGGCAUGGACGGUAAUUUGGCUGCUGGUUACGAUGUGCCGGUCGACUGGGUGGAUGCCUGGAACCUCAUGCUGCAGUCGAACGAUCUGGUCAAUGCCAACACGGGCAAGUUUGACCCCCGCCACAUGUAUGGGGCUACCAACCAGGAUGUGUUCCGUUGGCCUACGGUGGAGAAGGGUGUCGAGAGACAGUUGCUGGGCCAGUAUAUCACCACGCUCCUGCUCCCCGGUGUACCCCUCCUCCUCUGGGGUGAAGAACAGGCCUUUUACGUCCUCGAUGCUACGGCCGCGAAUUAUAUCUACGGCCGACAGGCGAUGUCGCCCGCCACGGCAUGGAGGGAUCAUGGCUGCUUUUCGUUGGAAUCGUCGCAAUACUACAACUGGCCCAUCGACGCCGGCCGGAAUGGAUGCCAUGACCCCACGGUUGCCUACGAUCACCGCGACCCGUCGCAUCCGGUGCGCAACAUCAUCAAACACAUGUAUCAAAUGCGUGAGCAGUUCCCGGUUCUCAAUGAUGGCUACUCGAUUCAAAAACUCUCCAACAUGACGGAAGAUGUGUACUACACCGGUUCCAACGGUACUGCGACGGAGACCGGCCUGUGGUCCAUCCUCCGCGACGUCAAUGCAGAUGUGCAGGAUCUGGGCUCGGAUGCAAAGAACCAGCCGGUCUGGUUGGUCUACCACAACACCAACCGCACGAUCGACUAUAAGUUUGAUUGUUCGGAUAAUGACACCGCGCUCAUUUCUGCAUUUCCCACGGGCACCUGGGUCAAGAACUUGUUUCACCCGUAUGACGAGCACCAGCUGAUCGACAGUCCCGUCAAGCUCGGCCUGAAUGGAUCCACUGAGUACAAUGGCUGUUUGGCCAACAUGACCAUGGAAGCCUAUGAGUUCCGUGCCUACGUGCCCAAGACUCGCUUCGCCAAGGCUGGCCCGAUGCUCACCAAAUUCACUCCGGGCCAUGACUACCCUCUCCGGUCGACGGUGGCCCCCAACGCGGAUGAAGACGUGAACAUUGAACUCUAUUUCUCCGAAGAAAUGGAGUGCGAGUCCGUGACCAAGUCCAUCACCAUCAACUCGUCGACUGAGAUCGGGAAGGCCCCCUCCUUGGAUUCGAACACGGUUAGCUGCAAGACAAUCUCCGCCACCAACACCACGUACACGGGACAGAUCCCCAGUGUGUGGAUGUGGACGGCGAAUCUGACGGGAGUUUACAACGGCGUCCAUCGCAUCACUGUGAGCAACGUCAGCACCGCCAGUGGGAACGCGUCUACCAAUGCCGUCGACCAUCUCCUCUUCCGGAUUGGUCAGAUUGAUAACCCCAUGAUCUUUACCAGCGCCAACUACUCCACCAGUCUGCUUCACGAGGAACCCAACGGCACUCUGUUCAUCCAACACCACGCGGCCGGUGCUGACAAAUAUCGGUAUUCGACUAAUUGGGGCACCACAUUUUCGAACUGGAUGCCCUACCAGGGUGGCAAUGACACCAUCGAGGUGCUCCCAUGGUCGGGAACCAAGAAACAAGAGUGGAAGGGAAACCACGUCCGCGUGGAGUACUGGAACCGCUGGACUGGCAGCAGUGAUUACGUCCAGGAGGGCGAUUCGAAUUGGAAUGGGAAGGUCCCGCGCCGGUUCCCCCAUGUCUUCUUCAACGGACCCUUCAACCAGUACGGAUAUGACGCCGGCCUCGAUAAUGUGGUCCGCCAGGACAGCGUGGACGGCAUCUGGAAAUAUCACUUUACCGCUGAAUGGCCGGCCCAAGCCCAGCUGAACAUCUGGGGCAUGAAUCCCAACGGAAAGCCCGAUCAAAGCUGGGUGCUGGGUGACGCCGAUAACGAUUCGGUUCUUGACCGCAUGCCGCCCUCCUCUCUGUCCGCAACGCUGAUCAACAUCACGGAGCAUCCGCCCUCGCCCUACAUCUCUUGGAACGUCUUCAUCGAUGAUGGUACCAUGCGAUUCCAGCUCUUCCCGGUCGGCCAUCAGAACACCCAGAUUGCCAUGUUUGUCCUUUUCUGGAUCGUACCGGUCGUCACGGGCUGUCUCGGCGUGUGGGUGUUCAUGAAGUCUUUCUACAAGGUCAAAUUCAAUCAGGUCGGAGUGAGCGAGAAACACCAGAUGAUCCCGUUGGCUUUACGUCGCAAGUUUAAGCGAUCCCGCAAGGGCGAUGAGGAAAACUCCAACCCGCUGAUGCGCCUGGCGAACAAGUCCGGCUUCCUGCAGGCUACCACUGCCAUCGGCGGUGCUGCGAGCGGCAAGCGACGCAUGGUUCUGAUCGCCACCAUGGAAUACGACAUUGAGGAUUGGGCCAUCAAGAUCAAAAUUGGUGGUCUUGGUGUCAUGGCGCAACUCAUGGGUAAGACUUUGGGUCAUCAAGACCUGAUCUGGGUCGUCCCCUGCGUUGGAGGCAUCGAUUACCCCGUGGACAAACCGGCCGAGCCCAUGAAUGUGACCAUUCUAGGAAACUCUUAUGAGGUUCAGGUUCAGUACCAUAUCUUGGGCAACAUCACCUACGUCCUGCUCGAUGCGCCCGUGUUCCGUCAGCAGUCCAAGUCGGAACCCUACCCCGCUCGCAUGGAUGACCUCAACAGUGCCAUUUACUAUUCCGCCUGGAAUCAGUGUAUUGCGGAAGCAUGCAAGCGAUUCCCCAUCGACCUCUACCAUAUCAACGAUUAUCACGGUUCCCUGGCCCCAUUGUAUCUCCUUCCCGACACCGUCCCGGCUUGUCUUUCCCUGCAUAACGCCGAAUUCCAAGGUCUCUGGCCGAUGCGUACGCAAAAGGAAAAGGAGGAAGUUUGCUCCGUAUUCAAUCUGGAUAUCGAACACGUUCGGCAUUAUGUGCAGUUCGGAGAGGUUUUCAACCUGCUCCACGCGGGUGCAAGUUACCUUCGGGUUCACCAGCAAGGUUUCGGUGCUGUGGGUGUGUCUAAGAAGUACGGCAAGCGGUCCUACGCGCGUUACCCCAUUUUCUGGGGUCUCCGCAAGGUCGGUAACCUGCCCAACCCGGAUCCCUCGGAUGUGGGUGAAUGGAGUAAGGAACAGGCCGCCGCCAUGAGUAACGAUGUGAAUGUGGAUCAGGAUUACGAAGCGGGCCGUGGGGAGCUCAAGCGGCAGGCCCAGGAAUGGGCCGGCCUCGAACAGAAUCCCGACGCCGACCUACUGGUCUUUGUUGGUCGUUGGUCGAUGCAGAAGGGUGUGGAUCUGAUUGCCGAUGUCAUGCCUGCGGUCCUCGAAUCGCGCCCCAAUGUCCAGGUCAUUUGCGUUGGUCCCGUCAUCGAUCUCUACGGUAAAUUCGCGGCUCUCAAGCUGGACCACAUGAUGAAGGUCUAUCCUGGACGGGUGUUUUCCAGGCCUGAGUUCACGGCACUGCCUCCCUACAUCUUCUCCGGCGCGGAAUUCGCACUGAUCCCCUCUCGUGACGAGCCCUUUGGUUUGGUUGCUGUCGAGUUCGGUCGUAAAGGAGCCCUGGGUAUCGGUGCCCGGGUCGGUGGUCUAGGUCAGAUGCCCGGUUGGUGGUACAAUGUCGAAUCCACCGCCACCUCCCAUCUGCUCGUCCAGUUCAAGCUGGCGAUUGAUGCGGCGCUGAGUUCGAAAACGGAAACCCGCGCCAUGAUGCGAGCCCGGUCGGCCAAGCAACGUUUCCCCGUCGCUCAGUGGGUCGAAGAUUUGGAAAUCUUGCAAACCACGGCCAUCCAGGUGCACAACAAGGAAUUGGUCAAGUCUCACGGUCGCCCCUUCACCCCGUCGGGAACCACGACGCCCGGUGGCAUCAUGAGCCAGCCCGCAAGCCCGCUGAUGCCGCCCGGAAUCCAGACUCCGAUGGCGCAUUCUCGAGACAGCAGCUAUUCGAACCUGAACCGCUUGAGUGAAUACGUUGCCGACCCCAAGACCAACUACAGCCGAGACGUCAGCCCCAGUGGCACGGAAAAGCCCAAGUCGGGCCUGCACCGGCAACUGUCCCUUGGUGUUCGCUCGGGUCCCGGUCAUCAAGACCGCCGUGGCCGUCGUGGCCGGCAACGCGACAGCAUCCCGGAACACGAGGACGCCGCCGUGAUGACCGAUGUUGAAGAAGAUCGGGACGAUGACAUCCCCGAGCAUCCCGACGAUGAGUAUACUCUGACCGCCGCUCAGGUCGAGGAAGGCCGCCGCCUGCAGGCUGUUCAGCAAAAUGAGCUGGGAAUGCCGACGAGUCCUCCCGGUGCCAACCGGUAUAGUCAAGACUCGAUGCAUCCCCGAUUCAACCAGCCCCCCGUCAGCCCGGGUCCCGUUCCCACGCCCUCCCAGAGUCUUCUUCCUCCUCCCCGGCUGCUCGAGGCGGGCAACCGUCUCAGUAGCGCCUCGGUCCUCUCCCUGGAUUCCGUGGUUGGUACAAAGACGGACUUCAAGCUGCAGAAGGUGGACCCCUUCUUUACCGAUUCGACCGGCGAGUACUACAAGGCUUUCGACAAGAGGCUGGUGGGCCUGAACGGAGCGAAUUCCGAGUCGCAGCUGUGCAUUGAAGAAUACCUGAUCAAGAGUGAAAAGGAAUGGUUCGACAAGUUCCGUGAUGCGAGACUCGGUCGCCUCAAGUCCCCGGCCUCGUCCAUCUUCCGUGACAAGCAUGGCGCAUCCCCCGUUGGCUCGUACUACGAUGACGCCGGCUCCCACGUGAGUGGGGACGAUAAUAGUGAGUCCCGCGACACGGAAGACGACGAGUUCCUCCUGGGUAAGGAUUAUGUUCCCCCAACGGGCCUGAAGAAAUGGAUGCAACUUCGUGUCGGCGACUGGCCGGUCUACUCGUUGUUCCUCGCCCUGGGCCAGAUCAUUGCUGCCAACUCGUACCAAAUCACCUUGCUGACGGGCGAGGUUGGUGAGACCGCCGAGAAACUGUAUGGAAUUGCCACCACCUACCUCAUCACGUCCAUCCUCUGGUGGCUGGUGUUCCGGUACUGCAAAUCGGUGGUGUGCCUCUCGGCUCCCUGGUUCCUCUAUGCCAUCGCUUUUAUCCUCAUCGGUUCUGCCCAUUGGGAUAGCAACUCGUUCAAUCGGGGCUGGAUCCAGAACGUUGGCAGUGGCUUCUACGCUGCUGCUUCGUCCAGCGGGUCCAUCUUCUUCGCCUUGAACUUCGGUGACGAGGGCGGUGCCCCGGUGGAAACCUGGAUCUUCCGGGCCUGCCUCAUUCAGGGCAUCCAAUCGGCUUAUAUCAUUGCGCUGUGGUACUGGGGUUCGACGCUGACCAAAGCGUCCAGCGAGGGCCUGUUGACCUCGACGAACAACAUCGCCAACUCCUGGAAGAUGACGUGAGUAACCCGAUAGCGCUUCGUCGUCUGAUUUUACUGAGACUCCUCUAGUGCCAUCUGUUACCCGAUUGCUGUCUUCCUUUGUGCCGUCGGAUUGCUCUUGCUCUUUGGACUUCCCAACUAUUACCGUCAAACCCCUGGCAAGGUUGCGUCCUUUUACAAGUCCGUGUUCCGCCGCAAGAUCGUCCUGUGGAACUUUGUGGCCGUCAUCCUUCAGAAUUUCUUCCUCAGCGCGCCGUACGGCCGCAACUGGAGCUGUAAGUUUUCACUCUGCCGGGUUCUGGCAUCUACGCCCCAGCAUAUCAGACCGAACUAACCGUUGUCCGUUUAUCCAGUCCUUUGGACUUCCAACCACGCCAAGGACUGGCAGAUUGUCAUCCUUUGCAUUGUCUUCUACGGAUUCGUGUGGGCCGGUUUCUUGUUCAUCGUCAGCCGCUAUUUCAAGGCCCACAGUUGGUUCCUCCCUG